CCUGAACGGGAUAAAUUGUACUGUGACGAAUGUGUAUCCAGACAGAAGAGAUGCUUCGAAGACCAGGUUAAAACAUCAAUUGCGAAAAAGAAAGUUUUCUGGACUGACUUAAAAGAUCCAAUGACUUCGAGAGAGGCCUAUUAAGUAGAGGAUGGGUGAAGAAAAUCGCCCCCACCUUCAAUGCUGGUCCCAAGAAAACUGUAUUUCGUGACCCAACAUAUGGACAUAAGAUUAUAAGUCGUUAUGACAUACAACCCAACCUCAUCCUGACACGCAAUAGAAUUGAACUCCAUCUUCUGAAAGAGGAUCAGAUAACCAAUCACUUUUAUGGUGUGGUCGCCACAAGCAAGAGUGGUCUGUGCAAAGUAUUAAGGCAAUGGUGUUUGUCGUGUGAUGCGAAUCCACACACUUUCUUCCCUCGUUGCUACAUGUUUAGUAAGAUAAAUGAAAAACAAGCAUUCAUUGAUGACUUUACCAUGACUGCGGCUUGUGGUAUCCUAAAAUGGGUUUUGAGAACCAAUGGAAAGUCUUUGCAAGAUGAAGUUAUUCCCAGCCGGAAAGAAAAGGAAGAAAAAACGGCUAUUUGCAUGUCAGAUGCUAAAAUAAACAAUCAUGGCCCUGCAAGAAUUGUUCCAGAAGAUAUUAUAGUAACAGCCCUUGUGGCUUGCCAGUUUCAUCUGUACAACUUGACACAUGAGGAUGAAGACAACUUAAUAUGUGCCGGGAUAGUUGAUAGAAAACAUUUCAUAAGUGACUACUAUCGGGUUAUGCAUCAUGGUGCGCACAUACAGAAUUCAGACAAGUAUGUUGAUUACUGCCACCAAUUGUUACGUAAGCUGAGAAGAGUGAACCCACAACUAGAUAUAGAUGGAGAAAAAAACAUCUGGAUUUCAAAACCAAGAAAUUUAUCUAGAGGAAGAGGGAUACGUUGCAGAAAUGAUCUGAAAGACAUAUGUUCCUUGGGAAGAGAAUGGGUGGUUGAAAAGUACAUAGAGAGGCCACUUCUUAUAUAUGGAUCCAAAUUUGAUCUCCGUCAGCAUUUCCUCAUAACGGACUGGCACCCCUUAACUAUCUGGUUCUAUAAGCACAGUUUCCUCCGUUUCUCAUCUCAGCCCUUCACGCUGGAGAGUUUAGAUACCGCCACCCAUGUAUGUAAUUACGCCAUACAGAAAAAUUUUAAGAAUGCACCAAAUCGUCACCCCAACCUGCCUGAAGAAAACAUGUGGCACAGUGACGAAUUCAAAGAGUAUCUUUGUACAAUCGGAAAAGAGCAAGUCUGGGAUUCAAUCAUUAUACCAGGGAUGAAGAAAGCCCUCAUUCAAACAAUGAAGGCCACUCGGGAAAAUGUGAAGUACAAGAAAAACAGUUUUGAGCUUUUUGGUUCAGAUUUUCUGUUUGGAGAAAACUUCCAGCCCUGGCUACUUGAGAUACAAUACAAACCUGGCAUAACCAAAGACACGUCAGUAAUGUGGAAAAUUGUUCCACCAAUGGUAGAGGACAUUCUACGUGUGGUGAUUGAUUACAAGGAUAACCCUAACUGUAAUGUCGGAGGAUUUGAACUUAUAUAUAAACAGGCAAAUUAUACUGGAAAUGGGAUUCUCAGUAAAGAAAAAACAUUUAGAGAUCUGAAGAUAACAACCAUCUCUGAUCCAUAACAGGUGGCUAGUGGGAUGAGUCUUGGAGGAAGGAAUAGUCCAACCAACCAUUUCCUUUUGAUGCCUAUUUUUUUCUUUGUUAUACCUUUUUUAAAAUAAAAAUUAUUUCCUUAA